AUGUCGAUUCUUAUCACUGGUGCAGGAGGCUACGUUGGCCAAGAGCUGGCCGCUGGUCUUCUUGCAACUACCCCAGCUUCAACCACUGUUACUAUCACCGAUGUCGUCGAGCCAACAGUCCCCGAGUCCGCGACACAGUACGCCAACCGUCUGACUUGUGUUCGCGCCGACCUAACCUCGACGAAGGAGGUGGACGAGCUGAUCAAUGCCUCCCAACCCUACGAGACGGUUUAUAUCUUGCAUGGAAUCAUGUCCAGUGGCUCCGAGGCAAACUUCGAACUGGGCAUUAAAGUCAACCUUGACUCAACACGUUAUAUUUUGGACCGACUACGUGUGACGAUGCCGGGCGUCAAGGUGGUCUUCACCUCUUCAUUGGCAGUCUACGGCCUAGCACCUCCGGGCUUCAUCAUUGACGAGACCAACUUCCCGCCUGUCCCUUCGUCCUCCUACGGAUCACAAAAGCUCAUCAUCGAGACCCUGGUGACGGACUACUCUCGUCGCGGAUUCUUGGACGGACGCAGCGUGCGACUCCCUACUGUGACUGUCCGAGCUGGAAAGCCCACACAGGCUGCCAGCAGCUUCGCUAGCGAUAUCAUUCGAGAGCCCUUCCACGGGAAGAAGGCGAUCCUGCCAGUAGCCAAGGAGACCGAGAUGUGGAUCUGCUCGCCACACACCAUUAUCAAGAACCUGAUCCACGCGCGUACCGUGCCCAAGGAGGCAUUUGGCGAGUCGCGAUCAGUCAAUUUGCCCGGCCUCAAGGUUAGCGUACAGGAAAUGCUGGAUGCGCUUGAGGAAAUUGGUGGUAAGGAGCGACGGGCCCUCGUUGAGGAGAAGUAUGAUGCUGCCACGGACAAGAUUGUGCAGUCGUGGACUCCUCAAUUCUCCACUGAUCGCGCAUUCAAGUUGGGUUUCCAUGCGGACAUUUCUAUGACGGAGAAUAUUAAGCAGUUUGCGAGUAAAUUUGUAUGA